AUGGAGAAGUCGCUGUCGGCUCGCGUGAAGGCGGUGUCGAUGUUGCACCCGCCCAUCUCGGUCGGCAGCUGUGCCUGGAGCCACGCGAGGUCGCGGAGCGCCUGGGGCGAGGCGUCGGCGCGAGCAAUGCUCUCAAAGGACUUGCGGAUGCGGUUGCGGACCUCCAACGCGAUGGAGGUAAGGUCUGGCCGCCUCGACAGCUUCAGCGGCGAGGAUCUCGAGUCCGCUCGAGACGUUCUCAUCUCGCGCUUCACGGUGGGCAAGAAGUCCGCCGAUCACAACCGCGCCCUCAUCAAGCGCAUCUUUUCGGGUGCCACCUUCCACUGCCACCGCGCCGGGCGCGAGGUCCCGACGGCCGGCUGCAGCCUCGCCCUCGGAGAGGUGGGCGGCCGGUGCGUGGCUGUCGGCUGCUACCGGCACGUGCCUGCACCACGGAGGUCGUCGCUCCAGGGCUUCACCGAGCUCUUGCUCCUCGCGGUCGAGACGGAGUACGAGCGCCAGGGAAACGGCCGCGCCAUCGUCGCUGUCAUCCUCCGCGACAGCUGGCGCGCCGGCUCUGCGCGCCUGCUGGUCGUCUCCACGGGCCACGCGUUUUGGAAGAAGCCCUCGCUGCAGCUCUCCGAGCUGGGGUCGCCAACGGACGUCGAGCAGCCCGUGUCCGAGUCUGCUGCGGACGAGCUGGACGCAAUCUGUCGAGCCGCGGCCGCCCCUCGCAGGGGCAGGGCGGGGAGGCCCGGCGGAGGGGCGGGGAGGUCCGAGGGCGAGGUAGCCUCUCGCCAGCCGGAGCCGGCCGGGAGGAAGCGGACGCCGCCGGCGCUCCCUCCAACCACUCCGAAGCGGCGCCACGCCGCCGCCUCUCCGGACGCCGCAAAGGCGCUCCUCGCGCAGACGGAGGCAGCGCCGAGGAGAGCCUCGAAGCGGGCCUCUGCCGAGGACACGCCUGCCAAGCCUGCCGCCAAGGCUGCGAGGGCGCCGCCGCCCGGAGAGGACUCGCCUCCGAGAGAGGGACGCCGGCCCCAAAAGGCGGCCGCCGCCAAGGCCCCCGCGGCGGCGGGCGCCCCUCCCUCCCUCGGCUGCUCGCGGUGCCGCCUCUCGGCGAACGGCUGCCUGCAGUGCAAUCCCAACCACCCGCGGUAUGCCGGAGGCGACGAGGCGCAGGAGGCGGCGCCGUCCCGCAAGGCAGCCGCUGCCAAGCGGGCACCGGCGACCAGCACCCCUCGGCGGCCAGCGUCGCAGACCGCAGCGACGCAGGCGCCGGCAGCACGGCCGGCGCCAGUGGCGGCACGGGCGGCACCCUCAAAGCCUCUCGCGGGGAGCAGCGGCCUGCGGUGCCGGAGCUGCGACGCUCCCGGCGCGCAGCGGCGCGAGGCGUCGAACGGCGGCGCCCUCUGCCGGGCGUGCUACGGGAGGUGGAUCGCGCGCGAGUAUUGCCCCGUGUGCGAGCGCUUAUGGAGCGACGUCGGCGACGACGCGUGCAUGCUGCAGUGCGACUCGUGCGACUGCUGGGUCCACGCCCGGUGCGAGCGCCUCUCGCCGGCUUCGGUCGCGCGGUGGUGCGACCUCUGCUACUCGUGCCCGAGCUGUCGGGACGCGGCGCCGGGCGAGCAGCUGCCCGCCCCGCCCCGCUCCGCCGCCGUCAGGCCGUGCUUCAGCUGCCAGGCCGCGCCGGCCGUGGGGGAGGUCGAGGUACCGGAGCACGGAGCGGUCCCGCUUUGCGGUCACUGCCAGGCGCGGUGGGAGGCGCGCGAGUACUGCCCCGUCUGCAACCAGCUCUGGAAGGAGGCGGCCGACGACGACGACGAGGGUGGCGCCGAGGAGGACAUGGUGCAGUGCGACGCCUGCUCGCUCUGGGUGCACACCGCUUGCGAGUCGAUGGCGCCCGACGAGGUGGCGCUGCUCGAGGACUGCGUCUACCACUGCUCCGCGUGCCGCCGCGCACCCGCCCGUUCGGCCGCCGGCACCGCCGCCGGCGCAGUGGGCGCCUUUGACUUCAAAGGCAAGGCGCGGGCCGAGGUGUCGGGGGCGCGCCUCACGGUGUGGUACGAGGAGGAGGUCGGCGAUCAGGCGGUGGACGUGCCGUACUCCGGCAUGGUCAAGCGGUUCGACCCGCGCGACGGGCUGUACGUCAAGUUCGCCGGUUUCCCCGAGGAGUUCCUGAUCACCAACGAAGACGACUGGCAGUGGGGCUCGCACUCGUGCGGCGCGGCGCGGGACGCUGACUCCGACCUCGCCGCCGCACUCUCUGCCACAGCGGCCGCUCCGCCGCCGCCACCGCAGCAGCAGCCGGUUGCAGCGGGAGCAGGUGCCGCGGCGCCAGGCCUUGUCUUCACAGCGCCGGCGUCGGCGCCGGCGGUGGCCAUGCCUCCUGCCUUUGCAGCGCAGCUGGCCGUGCAGUGGCCUCUUCCACCCUCUGCCCGCUUCGCCGCGCCCCAGCCCAACCCUCUGCUGCACCACCAGACCUUUUGGGGCGCCCCUCCAUACGCUGCUCCGACGUGGGGUCGGCCGGGCUCGGGCACAAUCGAGCCGCUCGGGCAGUCACAGCCACAGCCGCCUCUCCAGAUGCGGCCAAUGCCGCCGCCGCUACCGAUGCAGCCGUUUCAACCGCCUCUGCCGUCACAUGCCGCACCGGCGGCGCCGCCUCCUCCGCAGCCAACAAGCUGCAUGAUCGUGUCGCCAUCCGCUCAGCCGGCGAGGCCAGCGGCUUGCACCGCGGCUUGCACGGCCGUGACAGCCCUGCCCUCAGGCACAGUCACGGCGGCAGCGGCACCGGCAGCGGCACCGGUGACGCCCUCCGCGUCUACUUCGUCGUCCUUCGACCCCGCCUUGGCGGAGCGGUACAAGUCGCACGCUGUCCGAUUUGAGCCGCUCACAGCGGCGAACGUCGAGAGCAAGAUGCGCGGGCUGUGCGAGGGCCUCGAGAAGGUCUACGGCUCGAUGCCGUUCGCGCGCAAGGAGUGGGGCACCUCAAUCCUCGGCACGCUGGUCGGACUCAUCUGCGCGCAGACGUGCCGCAACUCUUGGUCGUCGAUCGGCUACGCAAACUUCCAGGCCACCUUCCCCGGGCCCAAUGGGGAGCCCGACUGGGACCUCGUGCGCCGCUCGCGCGUGGAAGCUCUGGAGCCGUGCAUCCAGCACGGCCCGUACUACCACACCAAGGCAGAGCGCAUUCACGGGCUUCUCCAGAAGGCGUACGAGGACUUUGGCGCGGGGACAUCCUUCGAGGCGCUGCACACGUGGCCCUCCGAGAAGGUUCGCUCGUACCUGAUGGCGAUCUCUGGGCUCUCUGGCAAGUCGAUCGCGUGCCUCCUCCUCUACCGCAUGAACCGGCUCAGCUUCGCCGUCGACGCGAACGUGCUCCGCAUGAUGACCCGGCUCGGCUGGCUCAAGUCGCUCGGGAUCAUGCCGGUCGAGGGUCUCGCCAUCGGGGACCGCCGUGUGGUUGCCCGCAUCGGCCUGCUGCCCGCUCCGCCGCCGCGCAGAGCGCCAGCGGCGGCAGCGGCAACGGCGCGGCGGGACUCGAGCACGGACGUCGUCGCGGUGGGGAUCGCCGUCGAGCGAGAGAGCGGCCGGGUCGUGCUGCGCCUGCAGCCCAUCCCGAUGCCCGUGCGGCUGCAGCUCUGCGCAAAGCAGCCAAAGCCGCCACGGCCGGCACUCACCUUCCGGCCCAGCGGUGCCGGGACGAAAAAGCGGCGCUGCGGUGCCUGCGCAGCCUGCCUCUCCCCAAACUGCGGCCAAUGCUCCAAGUGCCGCGACAUGCCCGCAUUUGGGGGGCCGGGCAAGAUGCGCCAGUGCUGCGAACGCCGUCACUGCGUGGCGCCUCUGCAGCCCGCGUCAGCGCUCCCAGCGCCAGAGGCGCCGCAGACGUCAGUGGAGCGGUCAUCCCAGCUGCCGGUUCAGCCGCCGUUGCCCAACCAGCCGCAGGUGGCGAUGAUGCCGCAGCCGCAGCCCCCGCCGCCCCCGUGGGGGCUGCCCGUCGGGUGGUCGCUUCCCCUGCCGCAGCUCGUGAUGCCGAUCGCGCACGCAGGAGCGCCAGCGCUGCUGCCGGCGCCGGCGCACCGCUCCUGGCCGCAGGCGCCUCCUCACGCGCAGCUGCAGGCGAUGGCUGGAAUGUUGCAGCAGCCGUUUCUUCCCGCGCCCACCCCUCCGGCCUCGCCUCCGCCGUGCGAUCCUCUCGAGGACGUCACGAUGGACGCGGCCGAGGGUGGUGCCACGGACGAGGCCGAGGAAUCCAUCAGCGGCGGUACGGCAGACGCGGCCGAGGUGGCGAUGGAUCUGGCUGAGGGGUCUAUCCUAGACCUGACGGAGGAGGGCGAGGAGGGGGGAAUGGACGCGAUGGAGGCGUGUGAGAUGGGCGUUGACGACCGCGUGCUCGUUCGCGACGUGAUAGCUGAGGCGAUUGGUCGCUUGCCGAGUGCUCCGGGGGUUCCCUCAGCUACGCGGAAGCCAGGCGUGCCCCUCGCAUUCGGCUUCUCUCCCUACGACGUGUCCGGGAAGAUCGGCCCAGAGGAGCCGCCGCAGCAGGCGGCCUCGUCCACAGACAUGACGUCGGACGCGUGGCGCGCAGCCCCGGGCUCAGCGGCGCUCAAGGUCACCGGAGCGCCCAAGAUGUACUGCAGAGUGCACUCGACGUACCACGUGUGCGACUGGACGCGGCAGCGAGCCAAGGAGAUGGCCGCGGCGAAGGCUCCCAAAGCCGCUGGUGGCGCCGCCUCUGCUCGAGCGUCUCAGUCGGCCCACCGGCGAGCGAGCGGCGUGGGCGACAUCGAGGACCUCCCAAAGCACCCGCAGGCGAACAUCAAGCGCUUCUCGGUCCGCGCGCAGCAAUUCAUGCGGGAGAUACUGCCUCAGGACGAGGACCCGCCGGCAGAGCCGUCCCGCGAGAAGCGGGAGCUGCAGACGCUGCUGUACCGAGCGCACGUGUACAUGAUCACGCACGGAGCGAUCCUCUGUGGCGAGACGCCGAGCUGCGACCAGUGCCCGAUCCGCGCCUCGUGCGAGUACGGGACGCUGCUCAAGGCCGGCGCGAUAGGCUCGAUGGGCACCGCGGCAUCCCCAGGGCGUGGCUCUGCCGCCGCCGCUGCGCCGGACGUCGUCACUGCAACCGUGGCCGAUGGAGCAGACGAUUCCGACGUGGUCGCCACCGUCCUUGUCGAGGCUGCCGCCGUCCGCCCCGUCGCUGCGCCCCCUGUCGCCUCCCAGCCCGGCGCCGCACCGAUCUCUGGCACAGCUCCCGCUGCCGCUGCCCCUACCCUUCCCUCCGAGGCUGCCGCCGCGAAUAGCUCUAAGGAGCCGGCUGCGGCGGCUUCUGCCGGCGCCGAUGCUGACGCCGCCGCUGGCGCCGCCGCUGCCACCGGCGAGGCCCGGGACGUCGGCGCUGCGCCGGCUCCUUCCGAGUCUGGCGCGCCCAGUCCCGUCGCGCCCACGGCGACCGUGCUUAAUCCCGCCGACGAGUCCGCCUCUCUCACCGAAGCGCUCCCGGCCGAGUGCGGCGGCAGAGUCUCUCUGUCGAGUGCGGGUGCGGCUUCAGGAGCGGAGCCGUUGCAGGAGCCGCCCGCUGGGAAGGAUGCCGCGGGAAUCGCGGAUGGCACCGUCGAGGAUAUGCCUGAGGAUCCGGGCCGAGCGGCGCCGCUUCGUCCCUCCGCCCUCCCUGCGGGCAGCCCCACCGAGAAGGAGCUGGCGGAGCUGCACAAGCUUGCUCGCGGCGAGGGCGACACGCACUACCAGCUGCGGCAGGCCCGCGCAGUGCUCGACGAGUCGAUCGCGCCGCGCCACGCCGGCGACGCGACGCCCCGCCUGUUGCUGGUCAAGUCGAUCGUGGGCGAGCACGCGUGCGGCCGGCUGCUCUUCUCUCCGUGGACGGCCUUCAAGGGCAUCUUCCCGAUGCACGGCACCUACUUCUUCCAGAACGAGGUCUUCGAGGACGAGUCGGCCGGCGAGGUGCACGUGCCGCUCGCCAGCCUGGGCACGAGCCACCCCGUCUACCUCGGCAAGUCCAUCGAGGGCGUGCUGCGCGGCCGAGGCUCCCGCGAGCUGCAGCUCCUCUUUCGACACGGCUACGUCUGCAUCCGCCGCUUCCGCACCAGCAGCUGGCGCCUGCUCCCCCUCGUGCUCGACCCGCCGCGGCUGCUCAAGUACAACGCCCUCCCUUCGGGCGUGGCUGUUCAGAUUGGCCUGCAGUCUGAGGCGGACACCGCCGCCGCCGCCGCCGCCGCCGCCGCCGCCGCCGCCGCCGCCGCCGCCGCCGCCGCUGCCUCCUCCACCGCAGCGACCUCGACGACGCCCGCCGCCGACGGUGCCGCAGCCGCUUCCAGCACGGCGGCCGAGGCUGCGGCGGCGACGAGCGAUGGCGCGGAUGUGUCCCCGGACCCCGCCGAGGCGAGUCGGCGCGCCGUCGCUCGGGCGACGGGAGUGCGCCUCUUUGGGCUCUACGUCGCGGCGGGAGGGGCUCUGUGCAUGCGAGAGAGUGUGUGGCGUCGCGUCGUGCUCUCCAUCCACCCCGACCGCGGCGGCGACGUAACCACCUUCCAGCUGCUCAACGACUGGAAGCGGCUGCUCGACUCGGGCGAGGAGCUGCCGAGGGAGGUGGCGGGCGAGAUCGAGCGUGCGUCCGACGAGGGCCUGGCCGCAACGGCGGUCGCCCUGGCACUCAAGAUUGAGUCCGACCUCCGCUCACGGGCGGCGGAGCUUGGGCUGCCGCCGCCCGCCUUGCUGAAGGGGCCGGGCGUGGCCGAUGGCGACGCCGACGCCGUCGUGGGCGAAGCCAGCGACCCGGAAGGGUUUGGCUUGACCGUGGCAGCGAUCAGGCCAGCCGCAGUGAACUCGCAGCGGGACGCGAGCAUCACGCAACAACGAUACCAGUCAACAGAACUUGGACGAACAUUCAACGAGACGGACGCCAAGACCGCCGAGUCAGCUAAGGCCGAGGCUGCGACGCUCGACACCGAUGCACUGAUGAAGCGCAAUGCAGAGCUGAUGGCCAAGCUCAAGGUCACCAAAACGCGCGCCGACACGACGAAGCUGGAGGUGACCCUGGCUGCUCUCGUGGAGCGCGGGGCCGAGGCUGGCGCCAUCCGCGAGUCGCUGACUUGCGACGAGCUGCUCCGGCGCAACAAGGCGCUGAUGUUCAAGGUCGAGGGCCGCACCGCGACUCAACACGCAACCGCUGACAGGUUAGGCAGCUCUACGCACGCCUCCCCCUCGCCGGGGAAUGGAGCCUGCAGGGCAGGGAGCAGGGCAGGGAGCAAUUCGGAGUUUUCGGCGCCUGUCGACCCGGCACCCGGCACGCCUCCAGACGCUUCGCUCGCCUCUCCGAUUACGGAUGACGCCGCGGCCGAAGCAGCUACCGCUGGUGCUGCCACCUCGCUCUCCGCGCUCGACGGCAUCGCUGCCGACGGCUUGCAGGCUGCUGCUCGUACGAGCUCGCCGACUUCGGCACGCCCCUCCGUGCCGUCCGACCCGCAUGACGAUCGGCCGUCGAUCCCGAAGGGUCGUAUGUCCGACCCCCGGGUGAAGGCGCUCCGCGCGAGGAUGGUCAGCCUGAUCGGCGAGCUCGCGCAGCCGUGCACGCACACCACGCGCAAGCUCGCUCGACUCGUUCUCGACGAGACGCUCAAGACGUGCUGCACCGGCGCCAAGGCGGAGGCAGUCUACUCGAGUCAUCGCGUCAUGUUCCUCCUUGAGGUGAUGAUGGGGUUGCGGCUCGGCGAGACGACGGGCCGCCAGCACGGCGUCGCCGCCUGCGACGUGUGGAUCGUCAACCCGCUCUCAGAGCGAUGUGCCGAGAUGGGGACGACUGUUGCCGCCCACCUCGAGUCCACAAAGACGGCCCAGGGGAAGGGCCGGUGGGCUCACUGUGUGGGCACGUCACUCACCUCUGAGUUCAGCCUCGAGUCUGCCGUGCGGGAUCUGUGGCGUGUGCAGGGGCACUCGACCGAGACGGUCACGGUGGACGGCUUCAAGGUGGAGCGGCCGGACUACUCUGUCGUGCAGCUGCGUGUCGGGGCGAGCCUGCCAGACGGCGCUUUCGACACCUUCGUCGGGGCCCUCGGCCGGCUGCCGAGUGACCACCCGCUCCGGCCAGCGGCCAAAUACCUUGGCCGCACCGCGACUCAGAAGAGGAAGGCGGCGACCAUCGAGGAGGGCGAUCGGUACGUCAACCUCGUUGGGGGAGCCAAGGGUUCUGCCAGACUCCGCGCUGCCAGCGAGUGGUUGGCGGGACUGGGGCUCACCCAGUACGCCGCCGUCGUCAAAGGCCCGCUCAUCCGGGCGACAGACGGCGGGCGCCUCACCGAUACUCCGCUAGAGACUGGCUCGUCAUAUAGCCAUUCUACGAAAGCGCUCAAGCUCGCGUACGAGCUCCUCCGCGAGCGCGACGAGGAGGACCUCGAGCUUGCGAUUGAGGAGGACGAGGCGGGCAACCCAAUUGUCAAGUUUGCCCACCAUUCGAACCGACGGUUCUCGGACAAGGUGGCGCGGGACACGAGCGAUGUCACGGGCGCUACCAUCACAGACAUCGACUGCAUCUUCGGCUGGAACGAGCAGGAGCGAGAGAGGUCGAUGCAGCAGCACUACGCCGGCCUCGAUCUCGCCUCGCGCAUCGAGCGGCUCGCGCGAGUGACUAUGAUGGUGUAG